AUGAACGGGAGUAGUAGAACAUUUUGGCCUUUAGUAGCAGCCGUUGGUCUUGGUGUUAGUUUCGUUGGAUAUUGUGUGUAUUUUGAUCGAAAACGACGAAGUGCACCGGAUUUUCCUGAAAAAUUGAAAGCUAAACGAAAGAAACAACAACAACGUGGUGGUGGUAGUAGUAGUUCACACAGUGAUCUUGACACUAGUAAUCCAGAGGAUAUGCGUCGUUAUUUUCUUGAACAAAUUCAACAAGGUGAAGAUUGUCUAUCUCGUGGCGAUCUCGAUAAUGGUGUUGAUCAUUUAGCAAAAGCAGUUGCUGUUUGUAGUCAACCUCAAAAUCUAAUGGCGUUAUUUCAACAAACAUUACCACCUGAAUUAUUCCAAGAAAUAAUCAUGCGUUUACCAAGAAUUGCUCAAUCAGUACAUGGUUCGGCUUCAUCAUCUGCUCUUGGUAGUGCGAUUUUGACUGAACCAGACCUUGAAUAG